UAAAAAAAAAGGUUCAUUUUCUCAUAAAUCUCAGAAACAAACUUGUUAAUUAUCUCUCUAAAAUACCAUUAACUGCUUAGCUCAUAACUCAGUUUGAAUAUUUUCGUCCGCAAAGGAUGAAGUUUUUUGUUAUUUGCAGUGUGGUUAUUAUGGGGAUAACAUUGGAGUUAGAAGCCGUGCCUACACCGUCGCAGCUUCAAUUGGAAGAAAAUGCUAUAAUCAAUAGUGGAUGGUGGAAUAGAUCAAAGUCAGUAGCUUCACGCAAUAUCUGUUCAUGGUAUGGUAUGUCUUGCAACGUCGCUGGAAGCGUAACUAGAAUCAACUAUCCCUUUUAUACACCUGGGAUUCGAUUAGCAACACUAAACCUCUCUGCUUUCAAGAAUUUAGAAUGGCUUGAGGUCUCACACUGUGGACUACAAGGGACUAUCCCAUCUGAUAUUGGUAAUCUCCCUAAACUCACUCAUCUUGAUUUGUCCCAUAAUUCUCUUGACGGUGAAAUACCUCCUGCACUGGCAAAUCUUACCCAAUUAGAGAGCCUAAUCAUAUCUCACAACUACAUUCAAGGCUCAAUUCCUGAGUUGUUGUUUCUAAAAAAUCUCACUGUCUUAAAUUUGUCCUAUAAUUCACUUGAUGGUGAGAUACCUCCUGCACUGGCAAAUCUUACCCAAUUAGAGAGCCUAAUCAUAUCUCACAACAACAUUCAAGGCUCAAUUCCUGAGUUGUUGUUUCUAAAAAAUCUCACUGUCUUAGAUUUGUCCUAUAAUUCACUUGAUGGUGAGAUACCUCAUGCACUGACAAAUCUUACCCAAUUAGAGAGCCUAAUAAUAUCUCACACUUACAUUCAAGGCUCAAUUCCUGAGUUGUUGUUUCUAAAAAAUCUCACUGUCUUAGAUUUGUCCGAUAAUUCACUUGAUGGUGAAAUACCUCCUGCACUGUUAAAUCUUACCCAAUUAGAAAGCCUAAUCAUAUCUCACAACAACAUUCGAGGCUCAAUUCCUAAGCUGUUGUUUCUAAAAAAUCUUACUAUCUUAGAUUUGUCCUAUAAUUUACUUGAUGGUGAGAUACCUCAUGCACUGGCAAAUCUUACCCAAUUAGAGAGCCUAAUCAUAUCUCACAACAACAUUCAAGGUUAUAUUCCCCAGAAUUUGGUUUUCUUGGAAAGUCUUACUUUGUUAGAUCUAUCAGCCAACAAAAUCAGUGGGACCUUGCCCUUGUCACAGACAAAUUUCCCAAGUUUAAUAUUACUUGACAUUUCCCACAAUCUACUUUCUGGUUCCUUAAUACCCUUGUCAGUAGGAAACCAUGCACAGCUAAAUACUAUUUACCUCAGAAAUAACUCAAUUAGUGGAAAAAUUCCACCAGAGCUUGGAUAUUUGCCUUUCUUAACUACUCUGGAUCUAAGCUACAAUAAUCUUAUCGGAACAGUUCCUCUAUCUAUGCUAAAUGUCGCUGAAGUGGACCUUUCAUUCAAUAAUUUGAAGGGUCCCUAUCCAGCUGGUUUAAUGGAGUCUCAGCUAUUAGGGAACAAGGGUGUAUGUAGCGAAUACGAUUUCUAUUACAUAGAUGAAUAUCAAUUCAAGCAUUGUUCUGCCCAAGACAACUUAGUAGUCAUGGCCGGCGGCAACAAAGUAAGGCACAGGCACAAUCAGCUGGUCAUAGUUCUCCCUAUCCUGUUUUUUCUAAUCAUGGCCUUCCUACGACUCGUGCGGCUAAGGCAUAUUCGCAUUGCAACUAAGAACAAACAUGCAAAGACAAUUGCAGCCACUAAGAAUGGGGACUUGUUCUGUAUAUGGAAUUAUGAUGGAAACAUAGCCUAUGAAGACAUCAUUAGAGCAACCCAAGACUUUGACAUGAGAUAUUGUAUUGGAACAGGUGCCUAUGGGAGCGUUUAUAGGGCACAGUUACCAAGUGGCAAGAUUGUUGCCGUGAAAAAACUCCACGGAUUUGAAGCAGAGGUGCCAGCUUUUGAUGAGAGUUUCAGAAAUGAGGUCAAAGUAUUAUCAGAAAUAAAGCAUCGACAUAUUGUGAAGCUCCAUGGAUUCUGCUUGCACAGAAGAAUCAUGUUUUUGAUAUAUGAGUACAUGGAGAGAGGCAGCUUGUUUUCAGUGUUGUUUGAUGAUGUGGAAGCCAUGGAAUUGGAUUGGAAAAAGAGGGUUAACAUUGUGAAAGGCACUGCACAUGCUCUGUCCUAUCUUCAUCAUGACUUCACUCCUCCAAUUGUGCAUAGAGACAUAUCAGCCAGCAAUGUCUUGCUUAACUUAGACUGGGAGCCCAGUGUUUCAGACUUUGGCACAGCCCGAUUCCUUAGCUUUGAUUCAUCCUAUCGAACUAUAGUUGCUGGAACCAUUGGGUACAUAGCCCCAGAGCUUGCAUAUAGUAUGGUUGUGAGUGAAAGGUGUGAUGUGUACAGCUUUGGAGUGGUGGCACUCGAAACUUUGGUGGGAUCGCAUCCUAAGGAAAUACUCUCAUCACUUCAAUCAGCAUCUACUGAGAAUGGCAUCACAUUAUGUGAAAUAUUGGACCAACGCCUCCCACAGCCAACAAUGUCAGUUUUAAUGGAAAUAGUUAGUGUUGCCAUAGUUGCAUUUGCGUGCUUAAAUGCCAAUCCUUGCUCUCGCCCAACAAUGAAAUCGGUCUCUCAAUGUUUUCUUACUCAGCUUACACCAUUAGACAUUCCUUUGCGUGAGAUUUCAUUGCAGCAGCUCAUGAGUCAAGAACUCAGGCAUUAUUUAAAUUUGUGAACUCCUGAAAGUGAAACUUCUAGUUGAAAUUAGAUGAUGUCGGCUUUCAAUAAAGUUUAUCUAGUUGUUUAUUCGGGUGAAUUAUUAGAAAACUUGGUGAAAUUGUUUUUAUGUUAACUUUGUUCUCGUGAUAUGCUUUGUAUGGAUUAUGAUACUUGUUUAAUUUUGUAAUUUAAUGAAAAUGAGGAAUAUGAGGUUUAACAUAAAGAAAGGAUAUAUUUUAGUGAUUUAGAUAGUAGUAGCAAACUAGAAAUAAUUGUUUCUAAUUAAGGUUGCCAAAUGAAGUAGAAAAGUUUUAUGACAUACAUAUAUUAUAUGAAAGUGGUCCAGUAAAUCCACCAUAGCAACCAAUAAAUUGAAGUAACACAGAAAGUGUAAAGGGAUGAGUUAGUUUUUUUAGCUACUGUAUGUUUGUUAUCUUUUGUUAUUUUCUGUAGAAAUGGAUCAAUGAAAAUCAUUUCAA